AUGGGUUCGUUCUUUAUUAAGAAGAUAUCGGAUCUUCGUGUUAGCCUUAAUGCAACUGAGAAUUUGUGCAGCACUGUUAACCGCCAUUCUUCUCAUUGUUCUUCGUCCUUUACUGCUUUCCGCCGUUUAGACAUGGACUCUUUAAGAAAACUUGUGCUCAGAGCGCCGACAAAAUCUUGUCGCGGCUCGGUUGGUCACCGGAACAGCUAGAUUCUGCCAUGUUACACCAUUGCUUUUUCACCUUCAUUGGCUUCCAAUAAGUUACCGUAUAAAGUUUAAGAUUCUACUUUUGACAUUUAAGUGCUUAUAUGGUCAAGCUCCUAAUUAUCUAAUUGAUUUCAUUACUAUCAAAAAGUAAUCCAGGUAUAGUCAACUCCCUUUAUAGCGGACACUGUAGGGACCUUAAGUUAGUGUCCUCUGUAGCGAGAGUCCGUAAUAGCGGGAGUUUAUUUCAGUCAAACGUCUGUAAUUUAUUUUUGCCCGGAAUUUAUCUGCUGUCCGUAUUAUCGGGGUGUCCGUUAUAGCGGGGUGUCCGCAAGGCGAGAGUUGACUGUACUCUCUAUGGUCAAAUGAGUCUAUAUUCCUCGAGUUACCAGGCAUUAAGACCCAUCCAACCCUUGGCGAUCGGGCAUUCCAGUCUGCUGCACCUUAUCUCUGGAAUGCAUUACCUUCGGCAAUUCGCAACAUGAAGACAUUGGACACUUUUAAGACUGCUGUUAAAACUCAUUUUUUUCAAUUUAGUUUUUAA